AUCAUACCAGGCUUAAAGCUGCUCAGCCUGUCCGUCUGCAUUAUGUAGCAAGCUCAGCCACGAGACUUACCGUCUGAAAGAGAGCUCUAAUAAACGGGGUGUUCUUCUCCAGGCAUUAGCAUUGCAAGUGAAUGCUCAGGGGCCUCCAAAAGGCUAAAACCGGCUCUGCUGUAGAUGAUACACCUUCAGUUGACAGAGCCACGCAGAGAGACGUGCAGGGAAGUGGUAGAACUCACCCGAGACAGAGGAAAGGCUUGUGUUAGAAUACAUCUGAAACUAAAACCACAGACGUGUUCCAUCUAUGGAAACAAGCCGAAGAAAUUCAAAAAGAUGGAACAGAACAUUGCUGACUUGUUAACGGAUGCUUUUUCAGACACAUCCCUCUUAUCUUUCCCUGAAGGAGAUUUAGACUUUGAGCCUCUCAAUUUUGAGGAGGACAAACAAGCUCUCUCUCAUGGAAGACUGCCGGUGCUGACCGAGGAAGAGGAAAAUUUGGAUGAGGAUGAAGAAAAGGAAAACAAGGAGCCUAGUUGUGAAAACGAAAAUGUCCCUGGACAUAUCUCACAACAGACAUAUGUGCGUUUGACUGAAGAGUUCACACAACAUAUCAAGGAGCAGGAAGAGGAGGAAGAGGAAGAAAAGGAAGAUGAAGAAGGGGAAGAGGAUGAAGGGGAAGAAGAGGAAGAUGAAGAAGAGGAAGAUGAAGAAGGGGAAGAGGAGGAAGGGGAAGAAGAGGAAGAGGAAGAAGAGGAAGAUGAAGAAAUGGUGGCGGAUGAGCCUGGUAGCCCAACUGAGGCUGUACAUGAUCAUUUCUCAACGGAGACAUGUGACAUAAGUAUGACAGACGAGGAUGAAGACAACGAGGAGGAAAGUGAGGAAGAGGAGGAAGAGGAAAUGAAUUCAGAAGAAGACCCUGGAAUAGAGAACCCAAACGGUUGGUCUGUGGUUGGUCACUACAAUGAAGACGGUUGUGAGAGCGGCGAGGAGCAUAUUGAGAAUGUUGUAGCGAUAGGGCGACCUUUGGCGGAGAAGAAUGUGGAGAACCAUGCCACUGAAAACGAAGACCAUGAGGCUUGUGAGAACAGUGAUGUGAGGUGCUUUGAGGGUGUCACUGAAGAUGUCACCAUGGUGACAACAGAGAGACAGCCGGCUGAGGACCACAAUGACCUGUCUUCCGAUUCAGACCUGGAGGUCAUAAGAAGCCCCACAAAGGACAACCCGGGAGAGGAGGGAUGUAAUGUGGACUUACAUGUUCCACAGGAGACUGAGGAAGAGGAGCAAGAUGAAGGUGACAGAUCUCAAGAGGUGUUCCACGGUGUCACUGAUCCCGCAGCUCUUGCAGAACUACUGGAUGAGGACAAAAUGAAGGACUUCCUGGGUGACGACCACCAAGGGGCGGGGGAAAGCUUUUUCGACUACCCCUCUGACUUCCCCCCAUGUGACUACGACAAGGAUGGAGGGGAAAAGCAAAGCCAACCAAGGAGUGUGAUGCCUGGUCCCCCUGAACCCAAAGUAGAGAGGAACAUCCACUCAGAGAGAACAAAGACGGAGGAGCAGGGCAAACAUGUAGAGCGACAUAGAUGUGAAAAAGAGGAUGCUGACGAGGAAAAACAUGAGGAAGAGGCAGUAGCUGCUAUGCCUCUGGGCGUGAAAGGUGAUCAAGAUUUUGCACAUUGUGCGAUCUGUAAAAGUGAUACAAAUUCUAGCAUGGCAAGGAUAAGCGCUGGCCAUCUUAAACCUGGGAGUUCCAGUGAGAGUUACAGCAACAACUCCAGUGACACUACCAGUGACAGUUCCAGUGACAGUACCAGUGACAGUUCCAGUGAGGAGAAGGUGGAGCCAAAUGAGAUUAAUGAAAGACACUCCCUGGGGCCACAGCACCAUUUUCAAGAUCACAGAGAAGCUGAAGAGGACAGCUCCAAGCAGAGAGUCGCCAAACUGCAUCCUCCAGAGAUCAUCUCUAAAGUCCCAGCGUUAACCUGUCACAAUGAGGCAGAGCCCAGUUGCACGUCUUUAAACACCUCAAAGGGUGCAGGCAACAUUUCCUCCUCUGACUCUGAGGAAAGUUGGAUGUUAGACGCUGAACAAAGAGAGGACAAACAGGAAACUUGGCUUGGCAUUGAGGCUGAGUCAGGGGUUUCUGUACACAGCUACCUUCUAGAACAGCUGGAGGUAGCAGGAGGGUUGGAGAGCCACGUUUCCCCGGACAUCAGCUUGGACACCAGGGAGGAAAACCACUGCGUUGUCUUGGACAACAAGCACGAGGCGUCCGCAACCACAGAUAGUGGAGAAGAAGAGUUUGCAGACGAAGAGGAAGAUGACGAAGAGGACGAGAGGAACUGGGAACAAGAGAAGCUGAGAAUCGACGCGUUCUACAAGUUUUAUGACGACAGCGAGGGAAGCGGGGGGGUUGCCACGGGAACAGGCAGCGUUUCUUCAGAGAGGAAGACUAGAGUUCAGUUUUGCAUGGAUCCGCUGCCUCAAGUCAUCCAGUACACUGACAGCAGUGACAUGGACAUUUCCACGGAUGGAGAAAUGGACCUGGAUUCUAAAGCCAGGCUUGAAGGGCAGAGUGUUCCUGGGAGCCUGAGAAGGAGUUCACCUGUAGGUCAGGAGACUCAAGAGGCCAAAGCGGAACAACAAGACCAAAGACUCAUGGCUCAGACACACCGCAAGAGAGACAGGUGUCUGACCGUGCUGAAGAUCAUCUGCACGAUGACUGUGGUGAUACUGAUGGGACUGGCAAUGUUCUGGUGGACAACAGACCAACUGGACUGGGACUGGUGAAAUUCUGGUGGACAACGCAUCCCUGCAUUUUCAAUGUGUUUGUGUAUAUAUUAAAUAUAUAAUACAUAAACAGUUACCAUCAGGAAAUUGCAUUAUUAACAGAUUUCAAUCUGUUUUUAGACCUGGGAACAGUACUAUUACAGCAACUACACUGAUUGUAAAUAAUGUGUCAAAGCCUUGAGAAAUUAAGCUGUGUUGCUCGGUUUGUUGAGCUGUCAAAGGUGUUCAAUACAGUAGAUCACUCAAUAUUCACUCAAUAUUUAAUACGAUGUCUUCAUUGGGCCUGUCCAAGGAUGCUUGCCUCUGGUUUCAAAAUGACCUUAGUGGUCGAACACAGGUUUGUAGCUGAUGGAACUAGCAAGCAAGCAGGUUUAUUUAUAUAGCACAAUUCAUGAAUAGAAGCAAUUCAAUGUGCUUAACAAAGAAAAAUAUAAAAAUACAAUAUAACUACAUCUAGAUUUCUUUUAGUCACCAAAGUAGUUCUGCAGGGUUUUUUUUUGGGCCGUACAUUGUUCACUUUCUGUUUAAAACACUGUGAUAAAUGGUGAGUUACAUUUUCAUGCCGGCGACACAAUACUAUAGUCCUAAGCUACGGCUCCCUCUCUCGAACAAAAUUUGGUAAUAUAGAACUCAGGUUUGAAAGAGACGUUGGUCUCAGUAGAUUUAUCUGUAUAAGUCAAAGUAAAUAAACUGCAAGUGGUGGUAGGAGAACAAACCGUUUAACUGAGGGCUCAGUUAUUAUCAAUGAAAUUAUGUUUAUUUUUUAAAUGUAUAAUAAAGUUUAUUAUAUGACCAAUCCAU